GCCAAAGGGCGGAGAACAAACCUUAAGUUUGUGGUGUCCUCAGAGAUUUGCGUUGAGCUCGCUGCAGCGAACGUCCUCAACCACCAUCCGUCAAGACUCCCGCCCUCCCGACACACGACCAUAAUCAUCAAUGGCACCCACAAAGAAAUCCAAGGCUGCCAAGUCCACAGAGUCCAUCGCCUCGCGUUUGGCUCUCGUCGUGAAGUCGGGAAAGUACUCGCUCGGGUACAAGUCUGCGCUCAAGCAGAUGCGUAAUGGCAAGGCUAAGCUUGUCUUGAUCGCGGGUAACUGCCCCCCUCUGCGCAAGUCUGAGUUGGAGUACUACGCUAUGCUCUCCAAAACUUCCGUCCACCACUUUGCCGGUACCAACGUCGCCCUAGGCACCGCUGCCGGAAAGCUUUUCCGUGUUGGGUACGCAGUAUUUGUCCUUUCGUUCCUUCUUUCCCAGCUGAUGUGCGGCCAUUACAGUGUCAUGACCAUCAGCGAUCCCGGUGACAGUGACCUGCUCGCCGUUGCUGAGGCCCAGGCUGCUUAAAAUGCUCGUCUUCUGUAUUAUGCUUGGUAGCAUUGAUAAGAUUGUAUGAGACUACCCCAUGACUUUCGCAUGCCCCCUCAAUUGAUAUGAGCCUGAGUAAAAAGAUCAAUGCGUGAACGGUGAACUAAGUGCAUGAAAACAUAGAGCUAGUAAUAAUUUAAAGCAAAGCCGGUGACAUGUCUAGUAUGACUUUUGGACCACUCUCAACAUAGUCUGCUUUCGAUACGAAA